UCAUGAAAAUGGGGAGAACAUUGAGCAAUGCAUUUAAAGGAAUCUUCAGAGUGUGGGCUUAUCCGAUGGGAGCUGUUUUUAUUUACAAUCCUGAAGAUAUAGAGAUUAUUAUGUCGGGUAUGAAAUAUGGGGAAAAAAGUUUUGUCUACAAGUUUCUGAAGCCUUGGUUAAGAGAUGGAUUACUGGUCAGCAACGGCUCCAAAUGGCAAGAAAGAAGGAAGAUUCUCACGCCUGCUUUUCACUUCAAUAUAUUAAAGCAGUUCUGCGAAAUUAUCGAAGAAAACAGUCACAGAUUCCUUGAUAGCCUCAAAGAAACUGCUGGAAAACCAAUAGAUAUUAUUCCUGUACUUUCAGAAUUCACCCUGAACUCGAUUUGUGAAACCGCAAUGGGUACCCAACUGGGCGACGAUAAUUCAGGUGCUGCCAAAUCAUACAAAAAAGCCAUCUACGAUAUCGGACAAGUAUUCUUCGAGCGAUUUGUCAGAAUAUACUUAUAUGUUGAUUUUAUACAUAACUUAACCUCAUUGGGAAGAUUGCAAACGAAAUACUUGAAGAUCGUCCAUAAUUUUACUGAAAAAGUAAUUCAACAAAGGCGGGAGUACAUAGACAAGUAUGGAUCGUAUUUGAAUGAAGAACUAGAAGUCGAUCAAGAUGACUCUUAUGUGUGUAAGAAAAAGAAGAAAACUGCUAUGUUAGACUUACUCCUGUCCGCUGAGAAAGAAGGCCUUAUAGAUAAGUUGGGCGUCCAAGAGGAAGUCGACACGUUUAUGUUUGAGGGACACGACACAACAGCCGCUGGUUUGACAUUUUGCUUUAUGUUGAUCGCAAACCAUAAGGAUAUUCAGGACAAAAUAGUACAGGAAUUAGAUGAUAUAUUCGGCGAUUCGGACAGGCCAAUCAAAAUGGAAGAUUUAUCAAAGAUGAAAUACUUAGAGUGUUGUAUCAAGGAGUCCUUGCGGAUGUAUCCACCAGUACACUUCAUCAGUCGCAAUUUGAACGAAGAUACAGUGCUGAGUAAAUACACAGUUCCAGCCGGCACAUUCUGUCACAUCUUAAUAUUAGAUCUGCACUACCGACCCGACCUGUUCAAGAACCCGCACCAGUUUGAUCCGGAUCGGUUCUUGCCGGAGAACAGCGUGGGACGCCAUCCUUAUGCAUACAUACCGUUCAGUGCUGGACCAAGGAAUUGCAUAGGUCAGAAAUUCGCAAUGAUAGAAAUGAAGAUAGCCAUUGCAAAUGUGUUGCGGAACUUCGUGUUGGAACCUGUCACUCGUCCCGCGGAUAUUCGAUUUGUUGCCGAUUUGAUUCUACGAAAUGAUGGCCCGGUGAUCGUCAAUUUCAAAGAAAGACAAAAGACGGCUGCACGUUAGUGCCUUUGUAAUAAAGACGCAGAGAGUACCUACUAUUUUUUCUGUCAUUUAUAUCGUAACCUGCCAAAACUUACAUAAUAUAAUAAACCUAUUUUAUCAACACUGUAUUAAUUUACAUUGUAAGUAUGCAUAGUCAAGCAUUA